AGUAGCAGGCUUGACUCUUUAUCUGCCACCCAAUUUCUUUUUGUAACACAACUCAGCCAAAUUGUAAUGGAGAUUUGAACCGAUAGAGUGACACCUUAAUUACCCGGAAUGAACAUUUGCAACACUCCAUUUCUGAGGAGACCUAACUGACAUGAGAAUCUGGUAAUAUUGAAGAUUAAUUCAAGAAAACAACUCUUAGAGUGGGCCCUGAGAUCAGCAUGGAUCCAAACAAAAUGCUGACUCCUUUGACUUCUCCGUCUAACUCUUUCUCUUCACUUGAACCUAGAACUAUCUUCAUCUCUUCUUCUAUGCAUCCUACGUCUUCACACACAUCUAUAACUUCCCUUAUGUCUCCCCAAGACCUUUCCCCUGCCUCUUCUUCUAUAACUAUCCCCAUAUAUAAGCCUGUUACUAAACUCCCUCCAACUGCCUCUAAAUCUGCACCUGUAUUCCCAACUACAGAAACACCUGUACCAACUGCUAAAUAUUCAUAUCACUGCAACUUGAUCUCUAAAAAUUCAUAUCACUCCAACUUGACACCUAUCUCAGAAUAUCCCCCUGUCUGUGCAGCCACUGUACCUAUACCUACAGGUAUAUCGACAUUUACUUGUGUACCUACCCGUAGGUAUCCCUCUAACUGUAACUCUACCUAUACCAUGUCAUCUGCACCUACCCCAAAACCUACUCCUCUUUGUACAUCCCCUACAUUGACAACUCCACUUACACCUGAAACUCCAGUUAGCCCCAAAUCGACUCCACCUAUAUCUCCAAUUCCAUCUAAUUCUGCACUUCUUAAUAAGGAUCACUCUAAUUUGAUCUGUAGCUCUACCUCAGCAUCUACACUCUCUCCCAAAUUGGAUCCUAUCUCUAUACCCUUGACAACUACACAUAAAUCCACCUGUCCACUUUUCCCUGGGAUUCCCUUUAAUUGUACCUGUGCUGCUACCUCGACAUCUUCACUCUUGCCCAAAUCUAAUCCACCUACAUCUAGGUCUACAUCUACCAGUGUAUUAUCUCCUGGGAAUUCCUCUAACUGUAUCAGUAGCUCUACCUCGACCUCUACACUUAGUCCCAAAUUGAAUCCAACUAUAUCCAGAGCUACCUCUUGUGUCUUAUUCCCUGGCUAUUCCUCUAAUUGUAUCUGUAACUCCACCUCAACCUCUACCCUUAGCCCCAAAUCUCCUCCUACACCCAAAUCUACAUCUAUCUCUGCCUUACUCCCUAAUUAUCCCUCUAACUGUAUCUGUAACUCCACCUCAACCUCCACACUUAGCCCCGAAUCUCCUCCUAUAUCCAAAGGUACAUUUACCUGUGCCUUACUCAAGGAUUAUCCCUCUAACUGUAUCUGUAACUCCACCUCGACAUCAUCCCUUAGUCCCAAGUCUCCUCCUACAUCCAAAGCUACAUCUACCUGUGCCUUACUUUCUGGUUAUCCCUCUAAUUGUGUCUGUAACUCUACUUCAACCUCAACUCUUAGCCCCAAAUCUCCUCCUACAUCCAAAUCUACAUCUACCUGUGCCUUACUCAAGGAUUAUCCCUCUAACUGUAACUGUAACUCUACCUCGACCUCUACUCUUAGCUCCAAAUCUCCUCCUAUAUCCAAAGCUAUGUCUAUCUGUGCUUUACUCCCUGAUUAUCCUCCUAAUUGUGUCUGUAACUCUACCUCAACAUCAUCCUUUAGUCCUAAAUCCCCCUCUAAUAUCCACAGGUACAUCUACCUGUGCAUUAUCCCUUGGGAAUUCCUCUAAUUGUAUCACUAGCUCUACUUCGACAUCUACACUUAGCCCCAAAUCUCCUCCUACCUCAACAUCCUCUAAAUCCACAUCUAAAUUUCACUGUGUACUUUUCCCUAAGGAUUCUUCUCAUCUUACCUCUGUGGCUACCUCAACAUCUAUAAUCUACUCAAAAUCUAAUCUACCGAUAGCCACAUCUACAUCUCCCUGUUCUUAUUCCUCUAGUGGUAUCUCAAACUCAAAAUAUUCACCUAUCUCUGCAUCAUCUAAAAACAUAGCUACCUCUACACCUAUGUCUAUACCUGAGUGUAAAUCUGUAGGUACUUCAAUAUCUAUACCUAUGCAGAAACAUACUCCUAUCUCUACAUCUCCCCCUAAAUGUACACAUAUGUUGACAUCUGAGCCUAUACCUAUACCUAAGUGUACAUCUGUGGCUACCUCUACAGCUACACCUAUUUACACAUCUAGGAUUCCAGCUCAAGCCACUUCUACAUCACAAUCUAAAUCUAAAUCUAUACCAUCUAUCUUUUUACGUCUCUUUCCAUACAGCUUUACAUCAUCCCCUGCUCCUACCUCAAACCCUGAAACACCUUCACUCACCUCUGAAGAACCAUAGACACCUAACUUUCCGCAUGAAUUCAUGUCUCUCUCAACAUCUGUUUGAACAACUAUAUCUAUAUCUAUUUACACUUUCUACCUCUAUGGUCUAUGCUAAAGCUCCAGGGUCAUGCCAACUCUGCAAAAUGCUGAAAGGGGCUGGGUAUAAAGGAAAUAAAGCAAAACAGACCCAGUGCACACAGUUGGACUUUUAGCAAGAAUCAGUGAAACACACAGAAAUGACACCCCCGAAAUAUGUUGGAUUUUGUUGGGGCAUCUCAGCCUCCUCUUGGGUGUUCUCCUCUGGACUAUGGUUUUAGGCUUCAUUAUUGCUUUGCAUUUACAUGGUGGGCAUUUGGUUUGGCUCCUCAACACUUCUCCUGCCCUCAAAAACCUCAGUUCCUCUCUAGAAUGGUCUCUGUCAUUUGCUUUCACCAUGAGAUACUUAAAAAUUUGGAUGCCCUUCCUUGUGGAGAGCUUGAACCUCAGUUCCUAUUGGACCUGGCUACUGCAAGAAUCUGUUGGUCCCUUCAUACUAUAUACCUGGACUUCACUUAACUGUGAGUGGACAUCCCCAAGAAUGAUCAAGGCUUCUACAUACUACAUCUACUAAAGGCAGAGAAGUAGACAUGUUUAUGAGUGAUAGGGAAGCAGCUGAUUGACAAGGACAGAUUGAAGAUAUUUGAAAGAGUGGGGAUGACAGAAGAGGCAAUCUGCUAGAGAAUAUGGGAAGGAAUGGGGUGAUUUGUCCACGCAGAAGGGUUUGCCUUGGUAAGAAGAAUGGUUAUCUUCCAUGUGAGAUGGUUGAAGGAGGAAAUAGUGGAAGAAGAAAUCUUGCUGAUAUAAGAUGAGGAGUAAAAGAGAAGAGAAUGCUUCUUGAUGAUAUAAUUCCAAUUUGUAUGGAAAGAAUGAGUUAUUUAAAGAGACAAGAGGAACUAUCACCUCAGAUUAAAAGAAAAAUAAACACAUAGGGAGGAUAGAAGAAAGAGCAGGUAAAAGAGGAUGAAUAUCCAAACAUGUUCAUAGAUCUCUAAGAACGCUGUCAGGAGCACUAACGUUCAAAAUGAAUUGCACUUAUCAAAAACACUUGAUACCUUCAAAAAAGGAGAUUUCUUUUUAGUUGGAGAAAAAGAAGAACCAAAGAGAAGAGAAAAAAAAAACAACUAGUCCCAGUAGAUGGGAUGUUCAGUGAUGGAGAAAAAGGUGAUACAUAGAACAAAGGAAUAAUGAGGACUAAGCUCAAUAACCUGAAUGUUCCUGAUCACCGGGUCAUCAGAGUUCUAUAGGAGAAGAACUCAUAUUGAAUCCCAUCAACGGUGUAUCAUUACUUUGCACUGGAACCUUGGGAUUAAAGGCAAGUUCCCUGAUAUCCUACCCUGCUCCAACCCUAUGUGUGAGUCUGUGUGAUCUAAUGACAUGGGACACACAACUGGCUCUGGAUAGGGUUUCCCUGUCUUUAUCUCUGGGGCAGUGGAGUUUCUUUGAAAAGCAUCGCUUAUACCUCUAUGCUGUUGUUACAGACUAUGAACUGCUUGAGGUACAAGGCUGAUGUUUCUC